AUGAGGACGAGGUUGGUUAAUUACGGUACCGUCCCUAGUGUGAACGCAACGCUGUAUGUUAGUGUGAACGCAACGCUGAGACCACUCGAUCUUAUCUCACUUCUGCAUUUGAAGCCAGGAGAGGAGAAGAAAUGGUACAGCAAGCCAAAGUCGACUAAGCACCCGAGUAAGUUAACUGGCGAGAGGCGAGACGAGAAUCCUAUUCUUCUUCUUGAAGUAGCCCAACAUGUAAUCGAAGAAUCAGGAUCAAUGUCUUUCUUCUCUUCUUUAAAGCCUGGAGCUGGACUUCUUCUUCCUGACUCGAUUCACAGUUUAAUCACACUAAGCCAGAGCCCAACCAGGGGAAAAAGAGAGCCGAGAGCCGGGAACGCAAUCAAAAGAAUUUCCCUCGAGCGGGGAUGUGGUGCUGGGAUCGUACUUACAUCCCCCGAAAAGGUCAAAUCCCUACGCAAUUCGAUCCAUUUGUUUCUUUGCACCAACAAUGUAGCGGAAUAUGAAGCCUGCACUACAGGACUGAAGUUAGCUCUCAGCUUAGGUGCCAGCGUUGCGUUCACACUAGGGACGGUACCGUCACUAGUAUUUUGCAAUCACAGAGAAAAAAAAAAAAGAAUCCUCACAGUUCAGACUUAUACACAAAAUGAAUUUCCAAACCGGAUAGGCGAGCUCGACGAUGAGAUCUGCUGCAGCUUCCAACCGGUGGGCGUCGGCAAGAAACUAAGAGAGGAGAGGCUCGCGAGACGCCGACAGAGAGAGAGAGAUCCGUCGGCGGCGAGGUGGCUACAGAGGGAGAGUUUCGUCACCGGCGAGUCAGCUAGAGAGUUAGAGACUCGGCAGCGGGAGUGGUGGCGAGGCGGCUUCCAUCCGGCGAUAGCUUCCUGCGCAGGCGUUGCGUUUGCGUUCACACUUGAAUUGGUUAAUUACGGUACCGUCCCUAGUGUGAACGCAGCGAUUCAAGUCGGACGAGACGGUACCGUAAUUAACCAAUUCAAGUGUGAACGCAACGCUUCGUGCGUUGCGUUCACACUUGAAUUGGUUAAUUACGGUACCGUCCCUAGUGUGAACGAGCGAUUCAAGCAGGACGUGGUUAGAACAUACAACGACGCGUUCACACUUGCGAGUGUGAACGCAACGCUGUACGUUCAGUACAUCGUCCUGCUUGAAUUUAGGUUCAAGCAGGACGAGAUACUCAACGUACAGCGUUACGUUCACAUUAGGGACGCUUUGGGAGGUUUUUGUCCCGAACAAGAAUGUGCUUUUGGAUCUAGUGAGGAUGAAGUAACUGGGACUCUAUCCACUGUCUGGAUGGACUACAAUAUGGAUCAAACGCCCUAUUUAAGUUUGUUUGCAGCCGUGUCUUAUGGAGUUGCCUCAAUGGGUAUGGUCUUUAUCAACAAAGCUGUUCUGAUGCAAUAUGCCUACUCUAUGACUCUUCUUACUCUUCAGCAAUUGAUGACGACAGUGCUUAUACGAUUUGGUAGAACAAUGGGGUACACGAAAGCUAGAGGAUUUAAUGUGGAGACUGCAAAAAGGCUCUUGUUAGUCUCGUUAUUCUAUAAUGCUAAUGUGGCUUUUGCUUUAGCAAGCCUGAAAGGAGUCAAUAUUCCAAUGUACAUAGCCAUCAAGAGGCUUACGCCGCUUGCUGUGCUUGUAGCCGGAUUCUUUUAUGGAAAGGGGAGGCCCACAACUCAGGUUACUCUAUCCGUGCUUUUGACAGCUGCUGGAGUUCUUAUAGCCGCAUUAGGAGAUUUUUCCUUUGAUCUUUUUGGCUACGGCAUGGCUUUUACUUCUGUCUUUUUCCAGACCAUGUACCUUGUAUUGGUCGAGAAAUCGGGAGCUGAGGACGGGCUUUCCUCAGUCGAGAUCAUGUUUUACAACAGCAUUUUAUCACUACCCUUUCUUUUCAUCCUCAUUAUAGCCACCGGCGAGUUUCCAAAUUCUAUGUCGAUUUUGUUCGCAAAGGUUUAA